AUGUCCUCCGCAGCCGCCGUCUUCGCCCCCGGAGCAACCGCCCUCAUCACCGGCGGCGCUUCCGGAAUCGGCCUCGCGAUAGCGAAGCUCUGCCGCAGCAAGGGCAUGAAGCUGCUGCUCGUGGACCGAAACGCCGAGACCCUGGAAAAGGCCAAGGCUGAAGUCGGGUCAUCGUCAUCUUCAGAGGUGGCCACUUCGGUCGUCGAUGUCAGCAACCCUGACGGCUGGGCCUCGCUCAAGGACCAGGCUGCCAAGACGUUUGGCUCGAUUGAGCUGCUCGUUUUGAAUGCUGCCAUCAGUGGCAAGGGGACCUGGGGUGAUGGUGACUACUUUCGAAAUGUCCUCGAGACGAACCUUUUUGGGGUCAUCAAUGGCAUCAACGCUUUUCUUCCGGUUGUCCAAGAGGCCGCGAAAAGCCGACCCACGUCGAUUGUCAUCACCGGCAGCAAGCAGGGCAUCACGAACCCCCCUGGCAAUCCCGCCUACAACGCCUCUAAAGCUGCCGUCAAGACUCUCGCCGAGCAUCUCAGCUAUGACCUCCGAGACACCAAGACCAGCGUCCACCUUCUUGUCCCGGGCUGGACAUUUACAGGCAUGGCAUUGGCGCACGGCAUCAAGGAGAAGCCGCCAGGCGCGUGGGCGCCAGAACAGGUAGCCGACUACUUGUACAAGAAGAUGGAGCAGGACAAGUUCUAUGUCAUCUGCCCCGACAAUGAGACCACCGAGGAGACGGACAAGAAGAGGAUGCUGUGGAGCGUGGGCGACAUCGUCAAGGAACGGCCUCCGCUUACGCGCUGGCGACCAGAGUGGAAGGAGGAAGCAGCAGAGACUAUUGCAAAGACUCAGGUCUGAGCUAUUUUGUCAACUACUAUGGGGGUCCUUUGUGGUAAGAGUGAGGAUGAUGAUUCGACUCCAAGACGGAAUGGAGUGAUGGCUCUAUCGCCUGCUUCUUUGGGAUGCCAUAGUUGUGGUGCCAUCUAAGCCAAACUGGUGGAAUGUCGAGUCGCUUCAACUGUCUUGACGCUGAGAUGCUCUUGAGAGCUGCUGCCUCAAACUCGACCCGAGUUGUCAACUAUAGUACAUCACCACCAUUCGAGUGUAACGUGUUAUUACC